AUGGGGCCACCUACACAAGUACGGAGCACAACGACAACGACCAUUGACAGUGAAACAGACUUGCAAUUAUCGGGUUCAUUGGAAGAAAAUAUUAUUUCAAAUCAAACUGUGGCAACGACAGAAGCCAAACAGAAUGCCGACCGGACAGUCCUGACUGUAACCUCAUCAGAGGCACAGACGACACCGAAAACCUCAAAAGCAACCACCACAGCAACCACCAUCAGACCCUCAAGCAUCAAAGAAACAAACAUUACAUCCAUAAUCAAUUUAGCACACACAAACACCAAGCACUUCACCACAGCAACCAUCAAAACGUCACCAAUCAUCACAGCAAACACAACUAUAUCCUCAACAGUCACAGCAUCCUCCGCCACACCCUCAAACACCACAGCAAAAAACACCAAAGUCUCAACUACAACAACAACCACCACCACAUCGACUACCACCAAUCCCUCUUCCAAUAAAGAAAUAACCAAUACAAACUCCACCACCACACCAACCACAGCCAAUCCCUCAACGACCAGAGCAGCCACCACGAAUUCCUUAUCCACAAAAGCAGAAAACAAUACAUCCUCAACCACCACAUCAACCACUACUAAACACACCUCAGCUAAAGAAAUGACCAAUAAACUCUCCACCAUAACAUCAACAACCACCAGUCCUUCCUCCGAUAAAGAAGUAAUAAAUACAAACUCAACUACCACAACAACCACCAGUGCCUACUCCAAUAAGGCAACGACCAAUACAUCCUCCACCACCACAUCAACAACAGCCAAUCCCUCCAUUUUCUCAACAGCCACCACCAAUCCCACCUCCACUACCAAAAUAACCAAAACAACCUCAAACACAGCAUCAACUAUCACCAAACCCUCCUCCGCUAAAGAGAUAACCAAUGCAACCUCCACCACCACAUUACCCAACACAAUACCCUCUUCCAAAAACGAAAUAACCAAAAUACCCUCCUCCGCCACAUCAUCCACAGCUACUCCCUCAACUAGCACAACAGCAACCACCUAUACCUCCUCCACUAAAGAAAAAACCAAUACACCCUCUACCACGACAACAAACACCACCAAUUUCUCCUCGACUACAGCAACAACCAAUACAUCCACCUCCAAUCUCCCCUCCACUAAAGAAAUAACCAAUACACGCUCCAAAACCACACCAACCACCCCUAAUCUAUCCUCAACUAAAGCAAUAACCAAUACAUUCUCCACCACAACAUCUUCCAUCACCAAUCUCUCCUCCACUAAAUCCAUAACCAAUCCACCGCACAGCACCACAUCAACGAGCACCAAUCCCCCAUCCACUAAAGAAAUAAUCAAUACACCCUCCAACACCAUAUCAACUACCGACAACCCCUCCUCCACUACAGCAAUUACCAAUAAACCCUCCAACACCACACCAAUCACCGACAAUCCCUCCUCAGUUAAAACAAUAACCAAUACAUACUCCACCACCACAUCAACCACCACUAAUCCCUCCUCCACUACAGCAACACCAAAUACACCCUCCAAUACUACAGCAACCACCACUAAUCCUUCAUCUACUAACGCAAUAACCAAUACACCUUCCAAAAUGACAUUAACUACCACCAAUCCCGACUCGUCAACUAAAGCGAUAAUCAAUACACCCUCCAAAACCACAUCAAAAACCACUACUCCCUCCUCCAUUAACACAAUAACCAAAACAUCCUCCACCACCACAUCAACCAAUCCUGAUCACUCCUCCACUAAAGCAAUAAACAAAACAUCGUCAACCACUACAUCAACCACCCGUAAUUCCUCCUCCAUUAACACAAUAACUAAUACACCCUCCACCACUACAUCAAUCACACCUUAUCCCUCCUCAGCUAAAGCAAUAACCAAUACAUCCUCCAUUACCACAGGAACCAACAUCAAUCCCUCCUCCACUAAAGAAAUAACCAAUACAGCCUCCACCACUACAUCAACCACCCCUAAUCCCUCCUCCAUUAGCAAAAUAACCAAAACACCCUCCGCUACUACAUCAAUCACCCCUAAUCCCUCCUCCACUAAAUCAAUAACCAAUACACCGUCCACCACCACAUCAACAAACCCUAAUUCCUCCUCCACUAAAGCAAUUAACAAUACAUCCUCCACCACCACAUCAGCAACCACCAAUGCCUCCUCCACUAAAGCAAUAACCAAUACAUCAUCCAAAACCACAUCAUCCACCCAAAAUCCCUCCUUCACUAAAGCAAUAACCAAUACACCCUCCAAUACCAAUUCAACCAACACCAAUUCCUCCCCCACUAAAGCAAUGACCAAUACACCCUCCAACACCAAUUCAACCAACACCAAUCCUUCCUCCACUAACGCAAUCACCAAUACACCCUCCAACAUCACAUCAACCAUCAUCAAUCCCUCCUCCACUAACGCAAUAACAAAUACACCCUCCAACAUCACAUCAACCAUCACCAAUCCCUCCUCCACUAAAACAAUAACCAAUACACUCUCCAGCAUCACAUCAAUCAUCACCAAUCCCUCCACCACUAAAACAAUAACCAAUACACCCUCCAACAUCACAUCAACCAUCACCAAUCCCUCCACCACUAAAACAAUAACCAAUACACCCUCCAACAUCAAUUCAACCACCACCAAUCCCUCCUCAACUAAUGCAAUAACAAAUAAAUCCUCCACCACCACAUCAACCACCACCGGUCCCUCCUCCACUAUAGCAAUAACCAAUACACUCUCCACCUCAUCAGCAACCACCAUCAAUCCCUCCUCUACUAAAUCAAUAACCAAUACAUCCUCCAUCACCACUUCAACCAACACGAAUUCCUCCUCCACUAAAGCAAUAACCGAUACACCUCCCACCAUCUCACCAAUCACCACCAGUUCCUCUUCCACUAAAGUAAUAACCAAUACAUCCUCAACAACCACAUCAACCACCACCAGUCCGUCCUCCACCAAAGCAAUAACCAAUAAACCCUUCACCACCACAGCAACGACAGCCAGUCCCUCAAAUACCACAGCAUCCACCUCCACCCCAAUCUCCAGCACCACUGCUACUAUAACCACACAGUCUGCCAAGACAUCAACCACAACCAAACCCUCAGUUUGCUCCCAAAAUAUCACCACAGAACAUAGCAACACUAAAGGAAUAAAGUUAAAUGAGCUGAACUACAUCCGUGGUUCGAGUGUUCUUGUAGAGUGUUUGGACGGAUACAGAAUAAGGAAAACACAAAAUAACAGCAAAACAUCAAUGGAUCUUAAGUGCCAGGCAAAUGGAUCUUGGGAAGCGUUUCCAGGAUGUGAACAGAAGGAUUGUGGAAGAAAUAUAUCGGCGGAAAAUGCGAAAAAUGUUACAUUCCAAAACUCAACAUUAUAUCAAGGUUAUGCAACUGUCACUUGCAAACAAGGCUACCGUUUGAUGGGCGACAAUAAUAACACGCUCACAUCGGAGGAUAUUCUAUGUUUGCACUCCGGCUCAUGGUCGUUGCCAAGAGGUUGCGGAAGGAAAGACUGUGGGGAUCCACCUACUUCCGAUCACAGUUCAAGGCAAUAUAAUUCUACAACGUACGAGAGUAAGGCUAUUUUCAAGUGUGACAGUGGAUAUCACACUGGGAACAACACAACUCUUACCUGUAACAGUUCCGGACAUUGGGACACAACCGUACCAACUUGUACAGAUAUUAACGAAUGUACUACCGGUCAGCACAAGUGCCAUCGUAACGCCAAUUGCACAAACAACACCGGAGGCUACACGUGUUUUUGCAAGAAGGGAUAUGACGACACGGCCAAUUCGAACACCUACGAUUCUAUUGGCCGGGACUGUCGAGACCACAACGAGUGCAACGAUCCUAAAGGCACGAACUGCUUGUACAGUCGAAACCAGACUCAAUGGUGCACGAACCUGGAUCCCGGCUAUUACUGCAGGUGUUAUCCGGGAUGGAAGGGGGCCACAUGUGAAACAAACGUAAAUGAGUGCACUGAAUGGAAAAAGCCGUGCGGCCACAACGCCACGUGCCGAGACGGUUAUGAACCGGUCAUGCUGGACUUCGAAAAGACGCCAGUAUCAUGUGCACAUGGUGAUAACGAAAUUUUGGACCCCAUAAAUAUUCCAGGUGGGCGUUUUCCGUACCUCGGAAACUAUUAUGACGUAUUUCGGCGAUACGGCGCCGAGAAUUACACAUUGUGGGAGAAAUACGUGGACAACCACAUUGUUAUUGCUCCUCUGUGGACAAACAUUGACACGCGCAACAUAACGGGCGCCGGACUGUGCGUUCAUGUUCUGUCAAACAAGACUGCAGACGCAAAGGACAUGAAGCAAAUUGAGAACUUAUUAAUUGAAAACACUAAGCGGUCAGACUUCAGCGUAGAUGUUGCCAUAUCAUUGACCUGGAGGAAUGCCACCAUACACUCACCCUACAUGCCGGGAUAUGAGCUUUUUAAACAGCAGAACCUGUCAAUGCAGGCGAUUGUGGUAACUGACGGUCUGUACACAUACCUGCUAUUCAACUACGAUCAAGAGCAGUUCAGCAUCAAACCCGACAGAUAUACGCCAGUGGCCGCCGGAUACACAUAUCCCGGGAACUUUUCUGGCAAGAUACUAGCUGACAGGAAUACCUUCAUGAACCUUAAGAACGGAUCGAACGUUUUACCAGGUUUGUCGAUCUUUAUCUAUACAUUGUUAAGUAAAACGGUAUGUUGUUGA